GGCACUGGCCCCGCCAGGGUGCGAGCGGAGCAGCCGCUUCUUCGGGUGUCCCGACGCGGGAUUUUGUCGUGUGCGCCCCGGGAACGAGCCUUCCUCGCGGGAAGAACUAUUGUGGAGAGGGCGGUCCGGGCUGGUACCGGCGUGCUCCUCGAGGGCACCUUUCCAAGUUACAGGAACCACGACGGACAUUUGUCCCGCAGUGAGGGUGUGCACGGUGGCACUGCCCGGGGGGCUAACUCGCGCCCUCUCCAGUGUACCGUAGUCUGUCCAUGCUCACGGAUCCUGAGGAUGCCCGGUGUUAGGAAGUGUGGGUGAGUGAUGUGCAGCAGCCAUCGAGCCCUAAAGCCCUGGUGAAACAGGCCUGCGUAGCAAAGCACCAGAUACCACUGAAAUAUCUGCUGUCCACCACUUUCCUCAUUUAACUUCCCCUUGGGGUCAGCUGGUUGGCAGCAUGCCUUCAACCGAGAACACCUCAAAACUUUUCCUGGUCCUGGUGUCACUGCUGCUGGUGCUGCCAGUAGUUGAAGCCGUGGAUGCAGGAGAUACCAUUGCCUUCCUUCUAGGCCUCGCUGUCAGUGUCGUCGGAUUCUGCGCCUGCCUUGGCUUGUAUGCAAGGAGAAGGAAUGGGCAGCAGUGAUUUCAAGAAAAUGCUCAGAUGAAGUGAAUUUCUGAACACGGUUUGGGUCUAAGACUGAGCUUUGGUUCUGCAUAACUUUCAAAAAACAUGUAGUAGAUAUUUCUGCAAACCCCUCUUACUGUUCAGUACAAGAGAGUCAAGACUGUACCCGGUAAAAGGGAUUUGUACCAUCUGUCCUCAUUACAAAAAGAUAAUUUUAUAUUGUUUGUGAUUAAAUAUUGCCUUAGAGAAGGUAAAAACUUUUCGAAUGGGGAAGUAAAACUCUUGAGUGGCUCACAGUAAAAGUUUAUAAAUUUAGCACGUGAGGGAGGCCAUCAACAAGUUCCAUAAUUUUGGUUUCAGUGUCAGGAGGAAGCAGCUAUUAAUCUUUCCAGUCAGGAUGACAAGAGUUUUGAAAUUAGUCCUAGCUAGAUAGCUAGUGAGCAGACUGCUCUAACUUGUGUGCUCAUGCUCACGUUCUCUGUAAUGACAGUUAACACCUAACAGCUCACUUCUGCUGUCACAUGGAUGAGACUUAAGAGAACUAAGGAAAUAUGAAAGGCUUUUUUUUUUUUUUUAAUACUUUUAGAGCAUUUUUAUUUUAGAAUAUGCCACUCCUGUAGCCUGUGUUCUUAUUACCAAGUAGAUACACUUAAGAAUGAGACCACCAUUUUUGUUUAACAUGUAUUUCACAGAAAAGUACAUGUAAGGCUAUGUAAAUCAGAUUAGGGAUAUGGGCUUUGUCUCUUGUUUAUUUUUUGUACUCAGCUUUUCUCUAGGUGCGCCAGGUUUAAGGCUUACUUUGUUUUGGUGUUUGUACUUUUUACUCCAAAAUGGAAGACUUAACUAUUUUGAUGAGGAAUUCUGUGUACUAUUUCUGCAUUAGAAGUUUGUUGGAAUUAUAACAAGACCAUUGUGCACAUGUUUCUUUUACAAUGUAGAAAGAACUUGUUUCGUUAAAAUCCUGGGUUUAGUCAAUGGGUCCAUUGUUCGUGAGUGUGUUCCUCGUGACAAACUUAUGUUGCUAGCUAAACAUUUAGGUUUCUCUAACUGAUGCACGAGUACCACAGAAGAUUAGGACCAAAACCAAAGUAAAAAUCCUAGAAUUUUUGCUAGAAAUCUUGGCUUUUAUCUUUCAGAGCUAUUUUGAUACUAUUUUUCCACUUCCUCUGUGUCUCUGUUCAGUAGAGCAGAAAGCAAUGGCUAGAAGAGUUGUUGGGCAGGUCUUAUGUAAGUAAUUGGAUGGGCAAAUCAUGUUCUCCAAAUCCUGAUUUCUGCAUGCCAUUUUUGGCAGAAAGGGACACAAUGCGCAAUUACUGUGUACAAAUGAAAUUUACAGCCCUAAGAGGAGCUUUAGACAGUAGCAUCACCUUUGAAAGCUGCCUAGCAGCAGUAGAUGGUCCUGUAUGUGAUAAUUCAACUGGGUGGGUGCAAGCACAGAUCAAAGUGGGAUCUUUGGUAUUCCAACUUACCUAAACAAACAAACAAAAAAAAAAUCACCACAAAAUUGCCAUUUAGUUCACUUUAUAGUUUCCAAAGUUACAAAAUUUUGCCAUUUUUUCAGUAAAAUAUUAGGUAUUGCUCUUUCAACAGAGUACAUUUUAACACAAGCAGAUUUUCACUGGGUUCUUUAUCUACACCUUGGAAAAGAUACAUGGCAACAGUUUCACUGCAGGAGAACAAAAUUUUAACAGAGUAAUUAUCUUCAGGCAAUAGGGAUAUGAGAAAUUGUAUUAUUUGCCCAAAGCUGUAUGUACUUCAUUGAAAAGUGUUUGCACAGCGUAAUGGCUUUGUUUCCUGGGUUCUGACAGAAGCUUUAUUGUUGAAGACUUACAUUUGUCAUUACUUGGAUGUAAAAUCAGAUACCCCUGUUUUUCCUCUGUCAUAAUAAACUGACGUAUGAUUUGUCAUCA